AUGUGGGGACUUCGCUCAUCGACAUUAGCAAACAUUUUUCUCCUACUCUCAGUUGCCAUGAACUUUUCAGUAAGCCAUGUUUCAGCUUCUAAACAAUUUCAAAAUGAGACCGAUCGCCUGGCUCUGCUUGAGUUCAAGAAUCAGAUACAUGACGACCCGUUUGGAGCGCUGAAUUCAUGGAACCAUUCACAGCACCAUUGCCGGUGGGAAGGAGUCACGUGUAGUACUCGACAUCAGAGGGUCAUUGCCUUGACUCUAAGGCAGAAGCAGUUUUCUGGAACCAUAUCUCCUCAGGUCGGAAAUCUAAGCUUCAUGAGGUCCAUCCAACUUGGGGAGAGUCAAUUCCAUGGCGGGAUUCCCCAAGAAUUCGGUCGCCUCUUCAGGCUAAGAGUCUUGAACCUGUCACAUAACGCAAUCAGUGGAAAAAUCCCAGUAAACUUGAGCUACUGCUUAGAGUUGAUAUAUAUUAGCCUAACGGGGAACAAUCUAGAAGGAAAAAUUCCGAUUGAUCAGCUGAGCAAUUUGAAGAAGCUUAAGCGAAUAGGUUUUAACAACAACAAUUUGACGGGAGAGAUUCCCUCUUCCAUUGGGAACUUAUCAUCGCUGACUUCACUCAGUCUUGCCUUUAACAAUCUGGAGGGAAAUUUGCCCAUGGAAAUGGGGCUCUUAAGAAGGUUAUCUUUUUUGGCAGCAACAGAAAAUAAACUAUCUGGUAUAAUCCCUGCCUCCAUCUUUAAUAGUUCAGCCAUUACUGCCAUUGCAGUGGGCGGCAAUUCCUUUCAUGGCAGUCUCCCAACCAACAUAGGUCUCACCCUACCAAAUCUACAAGCGUUGUAUGUCGGGGGGAACAACUUCUAUGGAAGCUUGCCAACUUCAAUCACCAAUGCUUCUGGUCUUGAGAUACUUGAUCUUCCCAAUAAUAAGUUCGCAGGCCAAAUUCCAACUAAUUUAGGAGAUCUGACAAAUCUUCAAAAACUAAAUCUUGACACAAACCUCUUCGGCGGUAAUUCAACUGGAGACUUAGAUUUUAUUGCAUCAUUGACCAACUGCAGUGGUCUCAGAAUUUUUUCCUUGGGUUACAAUAAAUUUGGAGGUAAUAUACCUAGAGUUAUGGCCAAUCUCUCAAAUCAACUCGCAGCAUUGUACUUGGGGGGAAAUCAACUGUCAGGAACUAUUCCUGAAGGGUUUGGAAAUUUUGUCAACCUAUAUCUCCUUGGCCUUGAAUCAAACUCUUUUUCAGGGGUCAUUCCAAGAGAUUUUGGCAAAUUACAAAAUUUGCAAUUUCUAAGUCUAUACCAAAAUGAGUUGUCAGGACAGAUAGUCUCUGUUGGGGAAAUCGGGUAA